GUAUUUGAUUAUAAAUAUGUAGUUAAGCAGGAAUUUUAAGUAAGAAUUGCAAAAUGGCUCAGGCAUGUACAGGAGAACGGCGGCUAAGACUCCGGGUUAGAACUGAUAGGAAAGAGGACAGGAUAAGUGCUUUGCCGAAUUCACUUCUGGAACAUAUCAUCUCAUUCAUUCCGACCAAAGUCGCCAUAGCUACAAGCAUCCUUUCGAAACGUUGGAAACCAAUCUGGCGCUCACAAAUGAACCUCGACUUGGAUGACAAAUCCUUUCCAGACACUUUCGCCUUUCACCAAUUCUUCAAUUCCUUCAUCACCAUGCGAGAUAACACUCUACCCAUCCUCUCAUUCCACCUUACAUCUCGCCAUGGCAUAUACUCCAACCACCACUUGUAUGACUUUGUUUAUCCUGCAGUUACAAGGGGUGUGGAAACCCUAAUCAUCGAUCUCUGCCACCGAAACACACUGCCUUCUAUAGUUCUAACCACAAAAACCUUGUCGGUUCUCAAAUUGAAAAGGAUAAAGUUGAACAACGAUUUUCAAUCGGUUGAUCUUCCCUCUCUCAAAGUCCUCCACUUGGAAUAUGUCACUUUCAAAGGUCUUUCGUAUCUCCAUAAACUUCUAUCUGGCUGUCCCAUUCUACAGGAGUUGAACUGUAGUGAUUUAAUAAUGCAUAUGCAUACUAUGAUGCCUCCUUUAGGUUUUGCAAUAUCCAAUUUGGUCAGAGCUACUCUUUACGGUAAAACUUAUAUUGGGCUUGAGUGGCUUCAUAAUGUGGAGCAUCUCAACAUGUAUGCGUACAGGAUGCCACCAACUAUACACGGUGUGUUUCACAAUUUAACACACCUGGAGCUUAUGUUCAUCUUUGACGAUCUAGGACUAUAUGGGACUUUCCAGUGGAGCUGGCUCAUAAAACUGCUUCAAAAUACCCCCAACCUUCAAACUCUUAUCAUUUAUGACCUCUAUAAGCAAUCUUUCCUUAUUCAAGAAGAAUGGGAGGAGCCAGAAAUUGUUCCAGAAUGCCUUUUAUCUCGUCUUACAAAAUGCUCACUUACAAAUAACAGACUCAUCCAUUCUCAACUUCCAUUUGCAAAAUAUAUAAUGCAGAAUUCAAGACUACUAAACACCAUCCGUAUUCGGACUGCCGAAUCCCUAGACACAAAUACAAAACUUCAAAUGUUAAUAGAAUUAUCUUCGUGCCCAAGGAUUUCACCCACAUCUAAACUUUUUUUUGUUUGAAUGGUUUCAGCCACAUGUAAACUUUUACUUAUUUGAAUGAAUGAUUUCAUCCACAUGUGAACUUUUACUCAUUUGAAUGAAUGAUUUCAUCCACAUGUAAACGUUUUACUCAUUUGAAUGAAAGAUUUCAUCCACAUGUAAACGUUUUACUCAUUUGAAUGAAUGAUUUCAUCCACAUGUAAACGUUUUACUCAUUUGAAUGAAUGAUUUCAUUUCAUCCACAUGUAAACGUUUUACUCAUUUGAAUGAUUUCAUUUCAGCCACAUGUAAACUUUUAUGUAUUUGAAUAUACUUGAUAGAGCAUCCGUGCAAUACCAACCCUAAGCUUGUCACAAAUGUACUGAUAACUCCAAUAAGUAUGAGAUUCUACUUUAUAAUUUCAUCCUCAAUCUUCUUGGGAUGGUUUGUUUUUCUAAAUGGAUCCUUAAGUUGCAUAUGAGGUUAUAGGUAGAAAGAUGUAUUUUUGCUCUAGAAUAACAAUUAUACUCACAAGAUACGUUUCUUUGGUUAAUAAAGAAUUCCAUACCGUAUUAGAUUGACUUGUCAGUGUCGUUUUGUUGGACUAAUGUAAAAGAAUUGCAAGCUAUGCUUAAACUCUUUUUGUGAUGAUGUAUAAGGCAGUCGAGGGUGAGAAAGAUUGAACCGUUUGAGUUGGAUAACUAUCUAGACAUGUAUUUCUGUCGGUAUUCAAGGAGUUGUAGGAAGUCUGGACUGUCUCCUCUAUAUUUUGCAGAAAGAAGCUCAAAGAGGUUUAUAAUGGGCUCCAAAAUAUGCCGUUGAUGAAAUUGCUACAAAAGAUGCUUAUAGGAAAUGAAAAAGUUCUGGAUUGCCUCCCUAUGAUAUAUUUGCUUGGAAAACAACGAAUGGAAUUCAAGACGACAGCAUUUCAUUUUUUCCGCAGAUGGGCUAGAACAUCUCCCUUUUGUUUCAACUGUCGUGGAAUGGACGCUUAAAGGUGAAUCGCUAAAAAAGAUAGCAUUUGUUCAUCUCACAGAUGUGAAAGUUCCCUUGACUGGACACUGUUCAAGGUAUAGUAAAGAGUUAGUCUUCAUAUUUAAUGUUAUCAUGGAAAUCGGAAGCUUAUAUUUAAUGUCUUAUGUUAGAUAUCAUAUUUAGAAUGUAUUGUUGUUGCAUUGGCACUUGAUAAAACUUUUUCCAGUUUCUAACUUCCUAAACUCACAUCAAUUGCACCCAUCAUGGUUGGAAGUCAAUGGGCAUUGAAAAUGGUGGCUUAAAAGAAUUUUUAUGUAUAUGGGUUCUCACUGUCUCUGCUGAGUGCUUGAGUGCUCUUUAUAGGCAUUGCUUGCUUUGUGCGUUGAUGAGUCAGUCUCCGCCGAUGUUGCUCUCGGUUUAUUCAUUAAUCAAAUUAAAAAUGCCUCAUGUUCUCAGCAGAAGCCAAUCAUGCCACAAAAACAUUUUUCCAUGUAUAUAUAAUGGGAAUAGACUAACUUAUUGAUUAUGGUUUUAUGCACAGUUAAAUGUACGGCAUCACUGUCAAUUGGCAUAACCGACUUUUUGCUUGUAAUAAAAAUUACAGUAAUUCUGACGUGAUUCUUAUGCAGGGUCUACUGUAUGAUAAGACCUUGCUGAGAAAGCUCACAGGUGGUAGUGAUUUUUCAAGUAAUUGAAAGAGAAAUAGAGAUUCUGAUGACACACAUAAUCUGAUGCCAAUAGCUCUAGUGUGGGUAGUCAAUCCAGAGAGACGAGUCAUCUGAAAUCUUGUCACACAAAAUCUAGAUCUAAUGGACUGCACUAUACUUUAAAAAUUAACAAAAACUUGAGCUCUUUGUGUUCAUGAUAAUCUAUUUCUUGUUUGCAACUAUCAUACAUUGAGACCUGAAACAUUUGUUUACAUUGGGUGUUAUUAUUGUGGAAUCAGAACAUUUUGCUAUCAAGCCAUGGUGCCGAUGCAGUGCUAAAAGACAACUUAUUUAUUUCAAUUUUAUUAUUACUCUCACUAACUUGACAACAUUUUUGCGUUGCUUUCAAUGACGAGAAUUGGAUGCCCAGGUGAGUAUGUUGAGACAGUUUGUGGAAUUCCAUUAUACACGGCUCCUGAUGUUCUUCAGUUCCAGAGAUAUGAUCACAAGGUAUCAUCUCUCACCCUCCUUAUACUUUUGCUUUCAACAUUAAUUAACUUGGUUUAUUGAAAUUUACUAAAUAAUUCUUUUUGAGCUUCUAAAUGGCCACCCACCUUUUAAUGGCAGAAAUAAUGUUUAGGUAAGUAAAAACAUUACUUUGAGCAUCAGUCAACAAACAUUCAAAAAUUUGAGCCCUGGAUCAUUGUUGAUAUUAAAAAUGCCGAUUUCAGGUGUUGAAAAACAUCAGAUCCUGUACCUGCCUUCCAUUUUCUUAGUUGAUUCUUUCAGGAUUGAUCCUGCCCGUGCUUAAAUCCAGGUUAUGCUUUUAAUCACUAGCGCUUUCGCGCACACAUUCACAUUUAUGUUCACUCAAUUUCUUGUGGAUAACUAAUUGGUUCUGAAGUAUGAAGUAUUUGCACCUUGUUGGAGUGGAGCGCCUAUCUUUUGUUGAAUUUUAUUUGCAUAUCUUUCUUCGGGAAAAGUCGUCGAGACCCUUUUACUUAUAUAAUUUUAUGAUUUCAGAUGUUCAUGAUCUCUCUACUAACUCUAUAGUAGGUCCUUUUACUUAUAUAAUUUCUGUUACAUUGGAUCA